UGAAGGGCGGUGGCCAGCGCUCUGGAGAGCACUGGGGCGGGGCCAGGUGGCUUCCCAGCGCUGACAUCCUGCCCUUCUCUCCCGUGUGACUCAUUUAAAAGGGACUCCAUUUCAGACAGGAGAUUCGUGUGGACCAAAGCAGAGGCCGGAGCGGAGGGUCUGGGGAAGGGACCGUGAUGCCCUCAACCCCCUCCCUGCAGGCGGGCCACGAGGGGGCCACUUGUGCUGCCUGCUCGGGGCCCCUGGAGAAUGCAGUGACGGGCCCCUGUGGGCACACCCUCUGCCGGCUCUGCCUGUCCCCGCCCCCCCAGAUGGGGGCCCAGCCCUCCAGCAGGGCCCUGCUCUGCCCUCUCUGCGAGGACAGGGACGAGGAGCCGGCGGAGACCCCGCUGGCCCCUGUGCCCCUGGGCCCCCUGGGGGAGACUUGCUGUGAGGAGCACGGCGAGAAGAUCUACUUCUUCUGCGAGAACGAUGCCGAGCUCCUCUGUGUGUUCUGCCGCGAGGGUCCCUGCCACCAGGACCACGCCGUGGGCUUCCUGGACGAGGCCAUUCAGCCCUACCGGGAUCGUCUCAGGAGCCGACUGGAAGCUCUGAGUGUGGAGAGAGAUGCAAUCGAGGACUUAAAGUGUCGAGAAGACCAGAAGCUCCACGUGCUUCUGACUCAGAUUGAAAGCAAGAAGCAACAGGUAGAAGCAGCUUUUGAGAGCCUACAGCAGGAGCUGGGCAGACAGCAGCGCCUCCUGUUGGCGAGGCUGAGGGAGCUGGAGGAGCAGAUCUGGAGGGAGAGGGACGACUACAUCUCAAAGGUCUCUGAGGAGGUGGCCCGGCUUGGAGCCCAGGUCAAGGAGCUGGAGGAGAAGUGUCAGCAGCCAGCAAGUGAGCUUCUGCAAGAUGUCAGAGUCAACCAGAGCAGGUGUGAGAUGAAGACUUUCGUGAGUCCAGAGGCCAUUUCUCCUGAGCUUGUAAAAAAGAUCCGCAACCUCCACAGGAUGAUCCUCGCCCUCCCAGAGAUGAUGGAGACCUUCUCAGAAAAGUUGACGCUUCACCUGGAAACAGAUUCAGGGGCCAUCACUCUGGAUCCUCAGACCGCCAGCCGCAGCCUGGUCCUCUCCGAAGACCGGAGGUCGGUGCGGUACACGCGGCAGAAGCAGAACGUGCCCGACAGCCCCCGGCGCUUCGACGGGCUCCCGGCGGUGCUGGGCUCGCGCGGCUUCUCCUCGGGGCGCCACCGCUGGCAGGUGGCGGUGCAGCUGGGCGACGGCGGCGGCUGCACGCUGGGCGUGGCCGCGGCGGAGGUGAGGCGGAAAGGCGAGGUGCGGCUGAGCGCCGACGAGGGCGUCUGGGCGGUCAUCCUCUCGCACCAGCAGUGCUGGGCCAGCACCGCCGCGGGCACCGACCUGCCGCUGAGCGAGAUCCCGCGCCGCGUGGAGGUGGCCCUGGACUACGAGGCCGGACUCGUGAGCCUCCUGAGCGCCGAGACCCAGGCCCACAUCUUCACCUUCACGGCCGCCUUCUCCGGCACGGUCUUUCCUUUCUUCGCCGUCUGGAAAAAGGGCUCCUGCCUUACUCUGCAGGGCUGAGGCGGGGCCUGCGCAGGGCGUGGAGCGGACGCCCGGCGCCCGGGACCCCGCUUCGCCCCCGGCCAGCGCGAGGCCCGGUGCGGCUGCAGGACGCGGCCUCUCCGAGCCCCGAACACCGGCCGGCUGCACUUUAUGGAUCUCGUACCCUUCCGCUCCCUGGCGUCCUGAGACAGCCGGGAAGCUCGAGCGGGGAGCGGAGGUAGGCUAGGCUGUGCCAGGACACGGGUGAGACUGGGAGCCAGCGUGCAUUUGAAAGGAAAAAAAAAAAUCUAAAAUACAGAUGUCAACGUUUUGGGGC